CGCCUGCGCCCUGUGCGCGUCGCGAGCGGUGGCGCCCUGCACUGCGCCCAAGAUGGCGGCCGUGCUGCAGCAGGUCCUGGAGCGGGCCGAGCUCGCCAAGUUGUCCAAGCCGGUGCAGGGAAAGCUGGAGCGUUUUCUGGCAGAUCAGCAGAGCGAGAUCGAUGGGCUGCGAGCCAGGCAUGAGCGCUUCAAGGUGGACAGCGAACAACAGUACUUUGAAGUAGAAAAGCGUCUGGCUCAAAGUCAGGAGAGACUUGUAAAUGAGACACAAGAAUGUCAAACUCUCCGUGAGGAGCUUAAAAAACUUCAUGAACAGCUGAAGUUGCUGAAUGAGAAAAAUAAAGAGCUCGAAGCUGCUCAGGAUCGUAAUGCAGCCAUUCAGAGCCAUUUAGGUAGAGAAAAAGAAGAACUGGAAGCUGAGAAGAGAGAUUUGGUUCGAACAAGUGAAAGACGAUCUCAGGAAGUUGAGCAUUUGAAUGAGGAUGUUAAACGCUUAAAUGAAAAGCUUACAGAAGCAAACACAGAAAAAGUGAAACUGCAGCUGAAGUUGGAUGAACUUCAAACAUCAGAUGUUACUGUGAAGUACCGUGAGAAGAGGUUGGAGCAAGAAAAAGAACUGCUGCAGAGUCAAAACACUUGGCUGAACUCUGAGUUGAAAGCCAAAACAGAUGAACUUCUACAUACUGCCAGGGAGAAAGGCAGUGAAAUCUUAGAACUUAAAUGUAAUCUGGAGAACAAGAAAGAGGAGGUUUCCCGGAUGGAAGAACAGGUAAACAGCUUAAAACAGUCUAAUGAAAAUCUUCAGAAACACGUGGAAGACCUUUUGAAUAAACUGAAGGAGGCAAAAGAACAACAAGCUGGUAUGGAGGAAAGAUUCCACAAUGAACUGAAUGCCCACAUCAAAUUAUCUAAUUUGUAUAAGAGUGCUGCUGAUGACUCAGAGGCAAAGAGCAAUGAACUGACAGGUGCGGUAGAAGAGCUGCACAAGCUUCUAAAGGAAGCAGGUGAAGCUAAUAAAGCAACCCAAGAGCAUUUGGCUGAGUUGGAAGAGGCAAAAGCUGUAAUGGAAAAAGAAUUGAGAGAGAAGAUAAGUAAGCUGGAAAAGGAACUGGAGAAUGCUAACGAUCUACUGUCAGCAACAAAACGUAAAGGAGCCAUAUUGUCUGAGGAGGAACUGGCAGCCAUGUCUCCCACUGCUGCAGCAGUCGCUAAAGUAGUAAAACCUGGAAUGAAAUUAACGGAGCUCUACAAUGCAUAUGUAGAAACUCAGGAUCAGUUGCUUUUGGAAAAGCUGGAGAAUAAGAGAAUCAAUAAAUAUUUGGAUGAAAUAGUGCAGGAGGUUGAAGCCAAAGCACCAAUUCUGAAACGUCAGCGUGAGGAAUUUGAGCGUUCCCAAAAAGCUGUUGCUAGUCUAUCUGCAAAGCUUGAGCAAGCUAUGAAGGAAAUCCAGAGAUUGCAGGAGGAUGCUGAUAAAGCCAAUAAGCAGACCUCUGUGCUUGAAAGAGAAAACCAGAGACUGGAAAUACAAGUGAAAGACCUCUCACAGCAGAUUCGUGUGCUGUUAAUGGAACUUGAAGAAGCUAGAGGCAAUCAUGUGAUUCGUGAUGAAGAAGUGAGCUCUGCUGACAUCAGUAGCUCUUCCGAAGUAAUAUCUCAACAUCUGGUGUCUUACAGAAACAUUGAAGAACUUCAGCAGCAGAAUCAGCGUCUCCUGGUGGCUCUUAGGGAGCUGGGAGAGGCUAGAGAAAAAGAGGAGCAAGAAACAACAUCAUCCAAAAUUUCUGAGCUUCAAAGUCAACUUGAUGAAGCUCUCAAUGAGCUAGAAAAACUGCGUGAGUCACGUCAUCAUCAGUUGCAGCUCGUUGAGUCUAUCGUUCGUCAGCGUGACAUGUUUCGCAUAUUGUUGGCACAGACCACGGGAGCUGUCAUUCCUUUGCAAGCAUCUGGUAUCUUGCCAGAAGAGAUUUCUCUUACAUCUACUCCAAAGCGCUCAACUAUACCUCAAGCCAUGUCAACUCCAGCUCCAGCGUCAAUGAGUGAGUCAGUGGAGACUGCGGAGGCUAAAGCUGCACUUAAGCAGUUGCAGGAAGUUUUUGAGAACUAUAAAAAGGAGAAAGCAGAGAAUGACAAGUUGCUGAAUGAACAAAAUGAAAAGCUUCAGGAGCAAGUCACAGAAUUGAGGUCACAAAAUGCAAAGAUAUCCACACAGCUGGAGUUUGCCUCCAAACGUUAUGAAAUGCUGCAAGAUAAUGUUGAAGGCUAUCGUCGAGAAAUAACAUCUCUACAUGAAAGAACCCAGAAACUCACAGCAACAACUCAGAAGCAAGAACAGAUCAUUAACACUAUGACUCAAGACCUGAGAGGAGCUAAUGAAAAACUGGCAGUGGCAGAGGUGAGAGCAGAAAAUCUGAAAAAGGAGAAAGAUAUCUUGAAAAUGUCAGAUGUGCGUUUGACUCAGCAACGUGAGUCUCUACUGGUUGAACAAAGAGGACAGAACUUGCUACUUACUAAUUUGCGAACUAUUCAGGGAAUACUGGAGAGGUCUGAGACGGAAACAAAACAAAGACUCAAUAAUCAGGUAGAAAAGCUGGAGCGUGAGAUAUCUCAGCUAAAGAAGAAACUAGAAAACGAGGUGGAACAAAGACAUGCUCUUACCAAAAAUCAGGAGGUUCACAUCCUGGAUCUUAAGAGGCAGCUAGAGACUGAGACAAACCGUCAUGUUCACACGAAGGAGCUUUUGAAGAAUGCCCAGAAAGAAACUACAGUGUUGAAACAACAGCUUAAUAAUACAGAGGCUCAGCUAGCAUCUCAGUCAUCACAGAGGGCUCCAGGGAAAGGUCAGCCUGGUACAAGUGAAGAUGUGGAUGAUCUUGUAAGUCGACUAAGACAAGCUGAUGAACAAGUCAAUGACCUAAGAGAAAGACUCAAGACUAGUUCUAGCAAUGUGGACCAGUACAGAGCCAUGGUUCUUAGUCUAGAGGAAUCUCUUAAUAAGGAAAAACAAGUGACAGAAGAAGUUCGUGCAACAGUUGAAGCUCGUCUGAAGGAGUCUUCAGAGUAUCAAGCACAGCUGGAAAAGAAGUUGAUGGAGUCAGAAAAAGAAAAGCAGGAACUUCAAGAGGAAAAGCGUAAAGCAGUGGAGAAUAUGGAACAACAGCUAUCAGAACUAAAGAAGAGCCUGUCAGCUUUGCAAUCAGAAGUUCAGGAGGCCCUUCAGAGAGCCAGCACAGCUCUAAGUAAUGAACAGCAAGCCAGACGUGACUGUCAGGAACAAGCAAAAAUGGCUUCUGAAGCUCAGAAUAAAUAUGAACGGGAAUUAAUGCUUCAUGCUGCUGAUGUUGAGGCAUUACAGGCUAUUAAAGAACAAGUUGCCAAGAAUACAGCAGUAAAGCAGCAGCUUGAGGAAGCUGCACAGAAAGCUGAGUCUACGUUGCUAGAAUGCAAAGCCUCCUGGGAAGAGAGGGAAAGAAUGAUGAAGGAUGAAGCUUCAACACUUGCAUCCCGCUGUGAAGAUUUGGAAAAACAAAAUCGAUUAUUACAUGAGCAACUGGAAAGUCUGAGUGACAAGAUGGUGACCUCUAUGAAAGAAGCUAUGCCAGCUGCAUUAAAUGUUUCUCUCAAUGAGGAAGGGAAAUCUCAGGAACAAAUUUUAGAAAUUCUUAGAUUUAUACGUCGAGAAAAGGAGAUUGCAGAAACUAGAUUUGAGGUGGCCCAGGUGGAAAGUUUGCGUUUUCGUCAGAGAGUGGAGCAUCUGGAAAGAGAACUCCAGGAAGUGCAAGACAGUCUCAAUGCAGAGAGAGAGAAGGUGCAGGUAACAGCAAAAACCAUUGCGCAACAUGAAGAAUUAAUGAAGAAGACAGAAACCAUGAAUGUACUUAUAGAAACCAACAAGAUGCUAAGAGAAGAGAAAGAGAGGCUAGAACAGGAGCUGCAGCAAAUGCAAGCAAAGGUACGCAAGCUUGAGGCAGACAUUCUACCUCUACAGGAGUCUAAUGCUGAACUGAGUGAGAAGAGUGGAAUGUUGCAGGCAGAGAAAAAGCUUUUGGAAGAAGAUGUCAAACGCUGGAAAACCCGAACACAGCAUUUGUUGAGUCAGCAGAAGGACACGGAUCUUGAAGAAUAUCGGAAGCUACUUUCAGAAAAAGAGGCAAAUACCAAGCGUAUACAGCAAAUGAGUGAAGAAACAGGCAGGCUUAAAGCUGAAAUUGCCAGAACUAAUGCAUCCUUGACUACAAGCCAGAAUCUUCUUCAGAACUUGAAGGAUGAAGUAGCCAAAAUAAGAGCAGAGAAGGAAACUUUGCAGAAAGAACUAGAUGUUAAGGUGGCUGAUAUACAGGAAAAAGUGAAAACUAUAACACAGGUCAAGAAAAUUGGGCGCAGAUACAAGACUCAGUAUGAGGAGCUGAAAGCACAGCAUGAUAAGAUGGUUGCCGAAGCAGCAACUCAGUCUUUAGUAGAGCAACAAGAAGAACAAGUUUCUGUCCAGGAAGUACAAGAACUGAAAGACUCUCUCAGUCAAUCUGAAGUGAAGACAAAGACUUUGGAGAAUCAGGUUGAAAAUUUACAAAAGACUAUAACAGAAAAGGAAACUGAAGCUAGAAAUCUUCAGGAUCAGGUAUCACAGCUACAGUCAGAGCUUGCUCGUUUUCGUCAAGAUCUGCAAGAGAAGACUACACAGGAGGAGCAGCUUAGGCAACAAAUCUCUGAGAAGGAAGAGAAAACUAGGAAAACCUUUCUCGCAGCCAAGCAGAAAAUUGCGCAAUUAGCUGGUACAAAAGAACAGCUAACUAAAGAAAAUGAAGAGUGGAAGCAGAAGAGCAAUUCAUUAGAAGAGCAGAAGACUGAACUGGAAGUACGGAUGAGUGCACUCAAGUCACAGUAUGAAGGUCGAAUCUGCCGCCUGGAAAGAGAGCUUAGAGAGCAGCAAGAGCGACACCAUGAGCAGCGAGAUGAGCCGGCAGAAUCUACAAAUAAGGUUCCAGAGCAGCAGAGGCAAAUUUCACUCAAGUCUACUCCAGCUUCAGGUGAAAGAGGAAUUGCUAGCACUUCAGAUCCACCAACAGCAAAUAUUAAGCCAACACCUGUUGUGUCAACUCCAAGUAAAGUGACUGCUGCUGCUAUAGCUGGGAAUAAAUCUACUCCAAGAGCUAGUAUCCGUCCAAUGGUUACUCCUGCUACAGUCACUAAUCCUACCACUACUCCAACAGCCACAGUUAUGCCUACAACACAAGUGGAGACUCAGGAAGCUAUGCAGUCAGAAGGACCUGUGGAGCAUGUUCCUGUCUUUGGAAGCACUAGUGGAUCUGUGCGUUCCACCAGUCCAAAUGUUCAGACAUCUCUCUCUCAGCCUAUCUUGACUGUUCAGCAGCAGACUCAAGCAACUGCUUUUGUGCAGCCCACUCAGCAAAGUCAUCCUCAAGUCGAGCCUGCUAAUCAGGAGCCAUCCCCUACCAUUGUAGAAGUUGUACAGAGCUCUCAAAUAGAGAGGCCAUCCACUUCUACAGCAGUGUUUGGCACAGUUUCAGCUACCCCAAGUUCUUCACUGUCUAAACGUCCACGAGAGGAAGAGGAAGAUAACACUGUGGAAAACUCAGACCAGAUUUCAGAGGAAACAGUGGAUGUACCUCUUCCAAAGAAACUGAGGAGCAUACAGAGGGUUGGACCUGAGGAGGAAGUGACAGCAGAAGAAAGCACUGAUGGUGAAGUAGAAGCUCAGACAUACAAUCAAGACUCACAGGACUCCAUUGGAGAAGGUGUUACACAGGGAGAGUAUGCUCCCAUGGAGGAUAAUGAAGAAACUUCUCAGUCUAUCCCAAUAGAUCUUGGGCCUCUUCAGUCAGAUCAGCAAAAUACUACUUCAUCUCAGGAUGGUCAGUCCAAGAGAGACGAUGUCAUUGUGAUUGACAGUGAUGAUGAAGAUGAUGAUGAUGAUGAAAAUGAAGGCGAACAGGAAGAUUAUGAAGAUGAGGAAGAGGAAGAUGAAGAUGAUGAUGAAGACACAGGGAUGGGAGACGAAGGUGAUGACAGUAAUGAAGGAACUGGUAGUGCUGAUGGUAAUGAUGGAUAUGAAGCAGAUGAUGCUGAGGGUGCUGAUGGUACCGAUCCUGGAACAGAAACUGAGGAAAGUAUGGGAGGAGGUGAAAGCAACCAGAGGGCAGCAGAUUCUCAAAACAGCUGUGAAGGAAGUACAAGUGCCGCGGAGUCCACUUUUCCUCAAGAAAGUUCUAGAGAACAGCAGCCAUCAUCUGCCUCAGAGAGACAGGCCCCUCGACCACCACAGUCACCACGCAGACCACCACAUCCACUGCCUCCACGAUUGACUAUUCACGCUCCUCCUCAAGAGCUAGGUCCCCCAGUCCAGAGAAUCCAGAUGACUCGAAGACAGUCAGUGGGACGUGGACUUCAGCUAACUCCUGGUAUAGGUGGGAUGCAGCAACACUUCUUUGAUGAUGAGGACAGAACAGUUCCAAGCACACCAACUCUAGUAGUUCCACAUCGUACAGAUGGAUUUGCUGAAGCAAUUCAUUCCCCUCAGGUAGCUGGAGUUCCUCGAUUCCGAUUUGGACCCCCUGAAGAUAUGCCACAAACCAGUUCAAGUCACUCUGACCUCGGUCAGCUUGCCUCACAAGGAGGUUUGGGAAUGUAUGAAACUCCGCUCUUCCUUGCUCAUGAGGAAGAAUCAGGCGGUCGUAGUGUUCCAACAACACCUUUACAAAUAGCAGCACCAGUUACAGUUUUUACUGAAAGUACAUCAGCUGAUGCUUCAGAGCAUGCUUCUCAGUCUGUUCCAAUGGUUACCACAUCUACUGGCAAUCUGUCCACAACUACAGAGGCUGGAGCAGGUGAUGAUGGGGAUGAAGUUUUUGCGGAGGCAGAAUCUGAAGGAAUUACUUCAGAAGCUGGCCUAGAAAUUGAUAGUCAGCAAGAAGAGGAAUCUGUUCAAGCAUCUGAUGAGUCAGAUCUUCCUUCUACAAGUCAAGAUCCUCCAUCUAGUUCCUCUGCAGACACCAGCAGUAAUCAGCUUAAGCUGUUUCGACGUGUAAGGCUUCAGCCACCAACUUUAAGAACUGGUGUUCGUGGUCGUCAGUUCAACAGACAGAGGGGUGUAACUCAUGCAAUGGGAGGCAGAGGAGGCCUGAACAGAGGCAAUAUUAGUUAAAUGAUCUGUAAUUACAGCUAUGUAUACAAAUGUGCCAGUUUUUGCCUGUGGUUGGUUUAGUGUAAUGAAUGCGUAAAGCAGCAUUUUAUACUUAGAUUUGUGUGCACACAUUUCAAUGUCUUUAUUAAUAAAACUAGACAAACUGUCAAAAUUCAAAUGGUAUCUUUUCUAAAAAAUCCUCUGCUCUGCAUCACUUUUCAGGACAGUUGUACCAGUCUUUAGAUACAGUCUUUCCUGUGAGAGCCGUUACAGGUCUUGCUAUUCUUUUGCCCACAUCCAGACUGUAGUACCGAUCUGAAAUGAAUAGACAUCAGAAUUAAAUUUCAUAAGCUACAGAAAGAAUCUUGAAAUUAAAGCCUGCCUUUUAAUUUUGUUAAGCAUGAAUAGUAGAUUUUCAUUCCACAUCUAUACAAGGAUUUGAAAAGCUAUAAAAAUCCAUUUUUAGCCUCAACUUUUUUGACAUGCAGAUCAUUGUUUAGCUAAAUUUAAUUUCCACAAUACCACUAAUAAUUAAGUCUGUCACAAGAAUAAGGAAUACAGGAGACGCUAGCACUGCUAGAACACAGAAAUAUUUUUAAGAAUUGAGAAACCAAACAAACUAGAAACAAAACAGUCCUGCACCAGUUGUGAAAGUGGGAACUUCUGUGGUCCCUGAGUGUAAUUAUGUAAAAGUUAUCAAAUUAUUUUGGCAGGAACUUAUUUUAGUAUCCUCCUGUAUUUGGAUAUGUGUCUAAUACUUCUAAAUUUUUUUUUUCCACUGAUUAACCAAGAAAAUUUCAAGAAAUGUUUUUAUCUGAUCCUGGCUGAAGGAGAAAGAUCUUCUUAAACUGGAACUAGAAGUAAUUAUUUCCUGGGAAAUCAAAUGGUUCACGUUGCCAGUGAAAAGUCUAUCAAUGUGUGAUGGUCCAAGGAUUUUGAUACAUAAUUGCUCAUUUAAGUGUCAAGAUUUUCUCUUUUUAUAAAUACUAGGACAGUGCAUUCCUCCACAACUGUACAGUUUGAAUUAUUGUACCUCAUUGCUCAUAGUUCUGUAACUUGAUUUUUGAAUAGAAAUAUCUCUCAAUGACAGGCAACAUUUUAUUUCUCAGGGCUUCUCAGUAGUGCUUGCUCAAAAUUAGUGAUGCAGAAUCACAAGUUGUAACUUUGUGCUUUAGAGAGCUCAGAGGUUUCUUUCUUGCCUACUCAUUUGCUCCUUAGUCUUUUUAAAUAGAGUAACUUGUGUUAGCUUUAACUUACUGUAAGAGAAGGCAUAAUAAUCGUAGCCAUCUGGUUUAUUGUAGUUGGGUACUGAGAUCGUUGAAUGAACUACUUUGGGGAGCCCUCUCCAGUAGGCAGUCACUUUAAUUUCCUUGCGCAAAACUCCUGCAAGCAAAAGAAAAGUUAGGAAGUGUCACAGUGUGUCUGCCAAAAGCUAUCAUCUACUUGUAUUAUCUAGAUCAAACAAGAAUUACUAGAUUGAGAAGAAACUGAAGUGUUAUAUUAGGAAAAAAAUGGAACAAUGUUACAUUUCAGAAGCUACAAAGAUUACAAUGGUUGUAUAAAAAAAAAAAAAAAAAAAAAAGAAUAAACAUAA